CUGAAGCAUCGUCGAAUCUCAAUUUCAAUCCGUAUCUGAAUCUGAAUCGCAGCGUUUAGUGUCUCUGUCGGUUGUUCCCACGUAAAAAGUCAACGGCCACGACUACGGCAUCGGUUUCAAAGUCCUUCUUCCUUCAUCCUUCAUCAAACGCAUAUCCAAGUGAAUGCUUGAAUGCUUGAAGGGAAAGUGUCAUAAAGCGUGCGAUUAUCCUGUAAACAAAGUGUAAAACGCGCACAGAGCAACAACAGAACAGCCAUCCCCCCGCAUCAAGAACAACAUCCACAUCCACAUCCACAUCCACAUCCAGGAGUUCCAGCGCCAGGUCCUGCUCCAAAUAAAACCCAUUUACCAUUUGGACUGCAUGAAAAGCGGGAAAGCGGAAAGAACAAAAGCAAACAGCGAACGAAAACGGAAUCAUAACAGGGGAGCGGGAACUGGAACGGGAACCCCUGUCAGAUUCAGGAUUUUUACGACCUGAGCAAUCAAUUCUGCUGAGUUGUGCGUUUCUGCUGGUCAAGGGACCUCCCUUCCGCCUGGUAUCCGCCCCCACCCACGAGAACAGCACUAUUGGAAUUUGGAUCUGAGCACAUCGUAUAAUGGUUGCCCAAGUGAGAUGACGCCACUGCCACAAGUGAGAAGGAGGAUACGUUAGUGGUGGCGGCAUUGACUAUGGGAACAGAGGCAUGGGCGUGUGUGCGGACCUUGGGUCUCAUCGAUGCUGUCGGGCAUUGAGCCACAUCCAGCCACAGCCACCAAAGCAGCAACAACAAUCCCCAUACCAGCUCCCAAUAAGCGAGGGCUCUCCAGCAGCAGCAGCGCCAGAACCAGCAGCAGCAGACUCAGCCACGAUUCCAUCUACCACGACGCUGACGGCAUCGCCAGCGAAAACGGCUGCAUUCACAGUGAAAACAACGAGGAGAAGAGGACGAAGACGGCUAGACGGCGGAGGGGACGAGGAAGUAGAUGCCGCCAUCGCCAGCUCAAACUCCAACCCCAGCGCCAGAUCGAGCCCAAUCUCGAGCUCAGGACCUGCCACCAGAUCGAUACAAGUUUUCAAAUUUGUGCUGAUUUCGUUGCUUUCCCUACUAGCGGAAAAUUCACAAGCGCACAAUAUUCCAGAAGAUGCUGUGCACAUCACGGCCAUACUCGGCGAAGGCGUCAUCUUCAACUGCCAUGUGGAGUUCCCCAACGACCAUCCGGUGCCAUAUGUCCUCCAGUGGGACAAGAAGGGCUCCGAUCUGCCCAUAUACAUCUGGUAUGAGAGCUAUCCGGAGCACAUCGAGGAGGGCUACAAGGGACGGGUGUCGCGCGUCUCGCAGGACUCGCCCUUCGGCAGCGCCUCGCUCAACCUCACCAACAUCCGGGAGUCCGAUCAGGGCUGGUACGAGUGCAAGGUCGUCUUCCUGAACCGCGAUCCCAAGCAGCACAAGAACGGUACAUGGUUCCACUUAGACGUACAUGCACCGCCGCGCUUUAGUGUUACGCCCGAGGAUAUUAUAUACGUUAAUUUAGGUGAUUCAAUUAUACUCAAUUGCCAGGCUGAUGGCACACCGACCCCGGAAAUACUCUGGUACAAGGAUGCCAAUCCCGUCGACCCCUCGCCCACGGUGGGCAUCUUCAACGACGGCACCGAGCUCCGGAUCUCGACCAUACGGCACGAGGACAUCGGAGAGUACACUUGCAUUGCACGCAAUGGUGAGGGGCAAGUCUCCCAUACGGCCCGUGUUAUAAUCGCGGGCGGCGCUGUAAUCAUGGAUAAGGCCGCGCCCGACAAGCACGCACGCACCAAGUCCCAGGCGAAUGCCAUCAAUGAGAGAUUUGCUAUAAGAGUGCCGCCCACCAACCAAACGAAGCUCGAGGGCGAAAAAGUGAUAUUCUCAUGCGAGGCUAAGGCGAUGCCCGGCAACGUGACCGUCCGCUGGUUCCGCGAGGGAUCGCCGGUGCGCGAGGUCGCGUCGCUGGAGACCCGUGUCACCAUUCGCAAGGACGGAUCCCUCAUCAUCAACCCCAUCAAGCCGGACGACUCGGGCCAGUACCUGUGCGAGGUGACCAACGGCAUCGGCGAUCCGCAGAGUGCCUCCGCCUACCUCAGCGUCGAAUAUCCUGCCAAGGUCACGUUCACGCCAACGGUGCAAUAUCUGCCCUUCCGGCUGGCAGGAGUCGUCCAGUGCUACAUCAAGUCGAGUCCCCAGCUGCAGUACGUGACCUGGACGAAGGACAAGCGCCUGCUGGAGCCCUACCAGAUGAAGGACAUCGUGGUGAUGGCCAACGGGUCGCUGCUCUUCACGCGCGUCAACGAGGAGCACCAAGGCCAGUACUCCUGCACGCCCUACAAUGCCCAGGGCACGCACGGCGCCUCCGGCUUCAUGGACGUGCUGGUCCGCAAGCCGCCGGCCUUCACUGUGGAGCCUGAUACGCUCUACCAGCGCAAGGUCGGCGACAGCGUCGAGAUGCACUGCGACGCCGUCGAGGCGGAGGGCACCGAGCGGCCCACCAUCAAGUGGCAGCGCCAGGAGGGCGAGCAGCUGGCCGACUCGCAGCGCAACCGCAUCAAGAUCUCCGGCGGCAACAUGACCAUCGAGAACCUGCGGCGCGAGGACUUUGGCUACUACCAGUGCGUCGUGUCCAACGAGGUGGCCACCUUGAUGGCCGUCACGCAGCUGGUGAUCGAGGGCACCCAGCCGCAUGCCCCCUACAACAUCACCGGCAAGGCCACCGAGUCCUCCAUCACGCUCCAGUGGCUGCCCGGCUACAGCGGGGGCUCCGAGUACAAGCAGGACUACACGAUCUGGUUCCGCGAAGCGGGCGUCAACGACUGGCAGACCAUCUCGGUGACGCCCUCGGGCAGUACCCAGGUGACCAUUAACGGCCUGGCCUCCGGCACCACCUACGAGUUCCAGGUGGUGGGUCGCAACGUCCUCGGCGACGGGAUGAUGAGCAAAGUGAUGACCGUGCGGACGCUGGAAGACGCUCCGGCAGCGCCACGUAAUGUCAAGGCUGCAACACAACCGCCCGACUCAUUCUUUCAGCUAAUGCCAGACGAAGCUGGUCCAAAGCCCGGGCCCCCACGGAACGUGUCCGUCACGGAGGUGUCCAACGGAUUCCUCAUCACGUGGCAGUCGCCGCUGGAGCGGGCGCACAUCGUCAAGUUCUACACGAUUAAGUACCGCACGGACGCCCAGUGGAAGACGUUGAACCGCGGACAGAUACGGCCGGAGGAGACGCAGUAUCUAGUGAAGAACCUGGUGGGCGGACGGACCUACUACUUCCGGGUGCUGGCCAACUCGGAGAAAUCGUACGAGUCCAGCGACGAGGUGAAGUUCCCCGUGCCGGCACGUGUCAAGCAUAAAGCUAUAACCGCCGGCGUCGUUGGGGGCAUCCUGUUUUUUAUUGUUGCGAUCAUUUUAUCGGUUUGUGCCGUAAAAAUUUGCAAUAAACGUAAACGACGAAAACAGGAAAAAGAGUUCAACAUGGUAGCUUGCAGGAUAACGGACGCUCGUAACAUUGCAGCCAAUGCAGCCAAUAAUCAUCAUCAUUUGCAUCACAAUCGCAGUACGGGCUCAAUUUCCUCUGGUCAAGUGCCUUUAAAAAAGUACAAACAAACCCGAAUAUCAAGUCUAACCGCCAUACUGAUUGCCAUUCUCCACUGGAUCUGGCCACCCGAUCGCUGCACCAACUGCCACUCCAUCUACAGCUCCCCCACGACCCUCGACGACUGCGACACAGGAACUGCCACUGGGAGGCGCUCUGUGAGCCGCAUUCAGCGCAGCCUCGAUGGCCGCUUUGUCUUGGAUGUGGAUGGAUCCAAGAUACAGGGCUACACGCUGGACAACAACAACAUCGACGUAGUGGAUGGAGCGCUCUUUGAGCGCCGCAACAGCAACGUCUCCCAGAAGUCCUCCAGCGACGAUGGCGGCUUCCUCUCGCGGCGCAACUUCAUCACAGCACGGGCCUCCUGGCGUCGUCCCCUCGUGGCAUCCUCCAGCCAGCUGAGCCUGCAGUCGGCGGCGGACUCGGCGCGCGGCUUCCUCCAGGGCUUGGGCGGUCUGCUCAAGAUCGGGGGCAAGCCACAGCACCAGCCAGCGCACUUUGAGGACGCCAUCAGCGGUGCUCGCUACCAGAACGUGCUGCGGCCUACAUACAACAGCAGUGGCAGCCACAAUCUGUACGGGAAUGCGGACAGGAGCCGACCGCUGCACAUCAACACCAUCAGUGGGGCCUUGGGCCUGGGCCAGCAGCAACACCUCCUCUCGCCGCACCACUACACCCCCUCUAGAAUCUCGCGCAUCUUCUCCAGCUCCCCGGCGAUGAGCCACCUGCACCACCAGCAGCAGUUGCUGCUGAGCGGCGGCAGCAGCGGCUACCCGACGCACUUCAGCGACCUCAGCACCGUCUAUCCGCCGAACUCCGCGGAGCGAUCCCACAACAGCGGAGUGGGAGGAAAUCUCAGCAGUCGCUAUCGCUACUACUCGCAGGAGCUGCCUUCGUUGAGAACCAUCCAGGAGGAGACCCGCCGCCAGCAGCAGCAGCAGCAACAGCAACAACAGCAACACCAGCAGCAGCAGCCACAGCAUCCGCUGGAGGAGCACUUCGUGCCGCUGCAGCUCCCGUCGCCGCCGUCAUGGAGGAGCUACUACCACGGACAGCUGCCGUAUCACAGCUACAGGCCGCGCACGCGCUGGUAUCCGCGUCACUACUCCCGCCUCUUCAGCCGCCAGCAGCACGAGCUGCUUUCGCCCCUCCCCGAUCUGAAUCUCUCCCUGCGCAACAGCGUGGGCGUGGGGGGGAAUGCAGGACUGGAGGCCUCGCCCGAGUCCCGCAGCAGCUCGAGUGGCUUUGGCUCGAAGAACACCUCCAAUCACCCGGGCAGUACCAGCGAGUGGCGGCUGCUGCCACCGUACCGUGCCCCACCCUCGCCGCCCAAGCACUUGGGGUACUUUGGGGCGGGAGGAUUGGAGGGCAGCCAGCAGGCCCAGGGCCAGACGCCGCACUCCGCCUACUCGUCCUAUCCGCGGACCAACACCCCGCCGUACACAAUGGCCCACUGGCUGGAAAUGAUCUCAAGACUGAACGCGGCCACGGACAGCAACCUGCCUGCCCCCAAGGCACCGUGCCCCGUGGACGUCGGCAGCGUCGAUGGCCACUACGAAUUCGACCCCGCCACACCCACGCCAAGCGCCUCGACGCCCACGGGCAUGGGAAUGCUGCGCGAAGAUCUCAACCAUCUGCACAUCGAUACGCAAUCGCAUCCGCACUCGUUCCAUCAACAUCUGCAUCAUCACCACACCUUGGGGCCUCUGAGUGGCAGCCUGCUGCACGCCCACGCCCCCUCUGGAUAUAGCGGGGGUUCCGGGAAUCGCAAGCUGCGCACCCUGCCCCUGCAACACCAGCUACCGGCGCGCUACGACAACGUGGAGGUGCGCCUGCAGGCGAUGCGAGAAGAGUUCUACGCGUACCGCAAGCGACAGGCCAUGCAGCAGGCGGGAGUGCCGCCCGAAAUGGAGAGCGUUUGCUGAGUGACGGCCCCAGACUCCAGAGUCCAGACUCCAGUCCAGUCCAGUCAAGCAUUUAAUUAAGUCCCACAUGGCAUCAACACAUCCCCACAUGCACACACCCAUGAAAUGCGCCUCAAUGACAAUGCAACGGCAAGCACCGCAACUACGAUGCAUCCAUCCCAUCAGAGACAGACCCAUCAUAUGCAAGUCGCAGGGGAUACGGGAGACGGAUGAGCAGCCGCAAGCAGCAUGCCAUUGCAAUCAACAUUCAACCGCAUACGUAGAUGAUACAUGAUACAUGAUACAUAGAUGAACAUCGGAUCAGGCCACACAUCUGUGCACGCGUACAGCCAUGCCCUUGCCACACAUGCCCCUCCCCCCCCACCCUCAUCAUAGAGAUCCCUCAGAUAUGAACUUUAAAAGUUACCUACCCCCAAAGAGAACCCAAGCAAUGAAACAAUUAGUAGAUUUUACGGGAAGACAGAGAGAGAGAGAGAGGGAGAGAGAGAAGCCAAGUGAAUUCCACGCGAGAUUUGUAAAUACUUUGAGAAGGAGGAGGAGCAGGAAAUGGAGAUAGAGAUAGGGAUAGAGAGGGGGAUGCAGAUGCAGAGAGGAGCCGAAAGUUUAAGUAUAAUAUUUAAAACCUAUAGCAAUUAUAAUCGAUAAAAGAUACAAGAUAAAGAAUUGAUAUUAAAAGAAAAAUAACAAAGUAAAGAAGAACAAAUUACAAUUAAAUAUUAUUAUUUACAAGUGUAUUAGAUAUUUGAAUAUUUAACGACACACACACACACACACACACACACUGAUUGAUAUGUUAAACAUUCAGAGAGAGAGAGAGAGAGAGUAAGAGGGAGAGGGAGAGCAUUAAACAUUAAACACUACCACAAUCCCAACAAACCCCACAAGCGUAAGCCUAAAUUAUGUUACAAUUAAAAAACAAAACACUAAAAGUACGAGUAAAAUCAAUACGGAAUACGGAAUAUGCUAGCUGUUAAGCAUUUAGUUGUUAAAAUUAUCGACUAUCGAUAGCUGAGCGACGACGAGAGACGAUGAUACGAAGUUAAAAAUAAAAACAAAACAAAAACAAAUGCUACAACGUAUUUAAAAACCACAUAUAGAGAAAUUGUUUCAUAAUUAAAUUAUUUAACGACAAAGAGAACCUACAGAAAAACCCUAACAAAGCAAAACAAAAUGAAUCGAAA